AUGGUGGGUCACUUCCCAGCCACAGGCACAAGCAGAUCGACGAGACAUUUUGCUGGCCUGUUUUGGGCCAGGUCUCGUUUUGGGCAGUGGGGUGCGGCUGGGAACCCGCCAUGCGACGGAAGCCCAUUUUACGGACCAGGAAGCUGGCCGACGCGGGACCGUGCUGACCAGCUGGCGGAGCCGCUCUUCGACAACCCCCCAUGCGCUGACCGGUCCCCGAAUGGCCUUCUGCCCCCAGAAGAACGCCGGCGCGCCAUGAGCUCCCUCAAAUUUGUGGUGUCCUCGUUGGACAUCAUCGCUGCACAUGCCGGCCGUAACAAGCAGCUAGCCGAGCUGGCCGAGAAGGCCCUCGCUGCUAUCAAAGAGAACGACCAACAACUCCCCGAUGCCGAAGUCGUCUUUGCGCCCCUCCAACUGGCCACGAAGUCCGGCACUAUCCCGCUUGCCACAACCGCUCUCGAUUGCAUCGGGAAGCUGAUCUCAUACUCGUAUUUCUCUUCGCCUUCGUCGUCCGCAGAUCAGGAUGGCGCCGAGAGGGCACCGCUCAUCGAGCGGGCCAUCGACACCAUCUGCGACUGUUUCCAAGGCGAGGCGACGCUGGUCGAGGUCCAGCUCCAGAUCGUCAAAUCACUGCUCGCCGCGGUGCUCAAUGACAAGAUAAUUGUACACGGUGCCGGGUUGCUGAAGGCGGUGCGCCAGGUUUACAACAUCUUUCUCCUGUCGCGGAGCACGGCAAACCAGCAAGUGGCUCAGGGGACACUCACGCAGAUGGUGGGCACGGUAUUCGAGAGGGUCAAGACCAGGCUACACAUGAAAGAGGCACGCGCAAACCUUAACAAACUCAAGGCCAGCCGGAGCAACUUGGCUGUCGACCGCAUAGACGAUCAGGAUGAUGGGGAUGACCAGGACUCGCAGGCCGACAAAGCGGACAGCGAGGGUCCUUCGGAGACGGUCUCGGACACUCCCCCCUCAAAUACAGUCGACGAAACCGCAGGAAAGCUCACACUGAAGGAUUUGGAACACCGAAAGAGCUUCGAGCCCCACGAACUUCGUCAGGGUAUCAAGUACUAUCACUUGCUCGAGUAUCACCCCGCCACUAACGAGAUCGAGGUCUUUCUGAACGAGAUCUAUCUGGCUCUCCUUGCGCGAAGAAACGCCCCAUCGUCGCAGAAACUCACCUUUGUAGGGAUACUCAAGAGAUUAUGCGAGGAUCCGCGAGCGCUAGUGGAGAUGUACCUCAACUACGACUGUGACCGCAACGUGGACAACAUCUUUCAGAGAAUAGUGGAGGAUCUUUCGAGGUUUGCGACGGCUUCGGUACCGAUCAACCCUAUCCAGGAGCAGCAGUAUGAGGACCACCACUCGAAAUCAGGGCCCGGCGGCGAGUGGCAAAUCAAGAGUGUAUUACCGCCGGCACUGUCAGUCGCCUUGAUCGCUACGCACCAUGAAACAGACGGCGAGAUUCCCAAGGAAUAUGUCAUGAAGCGUGCGGCCCUCGACUCCCUCGUCGAGACCUUGAGGUCUUUGGUUCAUUGGUCACAGCCCGGGAGGCCCGAGGCCAACGGGGCGGUUGUUGACGUGCAGAGGCGCGCUUCGAGCGACGAUCUCAGGGACUCGAUCGACCCGUCGGCUAGCGAAACAGCAUCUCGCAUGGAAACACCAAUCGCACCGUCAACUCCGGUCAUUGACGACGACCCGGACCAGUUGGAGAAGGAGAAGGCGAGGAAGACGGCCAUGACGAACGCGAUUAAGGUCUUCAACUUCAAACCAAAACAUGGCAUCAAACUCCUUCUCAAGGAAGGAUUUAUCAGCAGUGACAGCUCUGAAGAUAUUGCUCGGUUCCUGCUGCGGGAUGACCGACUAGACAAGGCUCAGAUCGGCGAAUACCUUGGUGAAGGGGAUCAAAAGAACGUCGACAUCAUGCACGCUUUCGUCGACAUGAUGGACUUUACCAAGAAGCGGUUUGUUGAUGCUCUCCGCGAGUUUCUCCAGGCCUUCCGCCUCCCUGGCGAGGCGCAAAAGAUCGAUCGUUUUAUGCUCAAGUUUGCCCACCGCUACGUGACGGGUAACCCGAAUGCAUUUGCCAAUGCUGAUACUCCGUACGUGUUGGCAUAUUCCGUCAUCCUGCUCAACACGGAUCUCCACAGCAGCAAGGUGGUGAAGCGCAUGACCAAAGACGACUUCAUCAAGAACAACCGUGGCAUCAAUGACAACGCCGAUCUUCCGGAUGAAUAUCUCAUUGGCAUCUACGAGGAUAUCCAGAGGAAUGAAAUCGUCCUGAAAAGCGAACGAGAGGCCGCCGCGGCUUCUGGCAUGCUCCAAGCCCAAACAACCGGACUUGCUGCUGGGCUCGGGCAGGCCUUCUCGAACGUCGGCCGCGAUUUGCAGCGGGAGGCAUAUGUCCAACAGUCGGAGGAAAUCUCGUUACGGUCAGAACAGCUGUUCCGUGACUUGUACCGCAGCCAGCGCAAGAGUGCCGAGAAAGCAGGUGUCAAGUUCAUCUCGGCUACCUCGUUCAAGCACGUCGGUCCGAUGUUUGACGCCACUUGGAUGUCCUUCUUCUCAGCCCUUUCCAGUCUGAUCCAAAAGACUCACAACCUUGACGUGAACAAGCUGUGUCUGGAAGGCAUGAAGCUGGCCACCAAGAUCGCCUGCCUGUUUGAGCUUGCCACCCCAAGAGAAGCCUUCAUUUCCGUCUUCAAGAACACGGCCAAUCUCAACAACCCCCGCGAAAUGCAGGCGAAGAAUGUCGAAGCCCUCAAAGUGCUGCUUGAGCUUGCGCAAACAGAAGGCAACCACCUCAAAGAGUCAUGGAAGGAUGUGCUCAUGUGCAUCAGCCAGCUCGAUCGACUGCAGUUGAUAUCGGGAGGCGUGGACGAGAGCGCCGUGCCCGACGUUUCAAGGGCCCGUUUCGUGCCACCACCACAGCGGACAGAGACCACUGAUCCCCGGAAGUCUACAUCCUCGGCGAGGAAAAACCGACCACGAGCCCACACAGGGCCACAAGGCGUCUCGCUUGAGAUUGCUCUUGAGAGCAGGUCCGACGACGUGAUCAAGAGCGUUGACAGAAUCUUUACAAACACCGCCAACCUGUCAAGGGACGCCAUCAUCCACUUUGCUCGUGCCUUGACAGAAGUAAGUUGGGACGAGAUCAGGGUCUCCGGGUCGAACGACUCGCCGCGCACGUACAGUCUCCAGAAGAUUGUCGAGAUCAGUUACUACAACAUGACGCGUGUCAGGUUCGAAUGGAGCCACAUCUGGGACGUCCUCGGGGAACACUUCAACAAGGUUGGUUGUCAUGCCAACACCGCCAUCGUGUUCUUUGCGCUUGAUUCCCUCCGUCAGCUGUCGAUGCGUUUCAUGGAAAUCGAAGAGCUAGCUGGAUUCAAGUUCCAGAAGGACUUCCUCAAGCCUUUUGAACAUGUCAUGUCGAACUCGAGCAACGUGACGGUCAAGGACAUGAUCCUUCGCUGUCUCAUCCAAAUGAUCCAGGCCCGGGGCGAGAACAUCCGUUCCGGCUGGAGGACCAUGUUCGGCGUCUUUACUGUGGCGGCGAGGGAACAAUACGAGAGCAUCGUCAACCUUGCGUACGAAAACGUCACGCAGGUCUACAAGACCAGGUUCGGUGUCGUCAUCUCUCAGGGCGCGUUCACCGAUCUCAUCGUCUGCCUCACGGAGUUUUCCAAGAACAUGAGAUUUCAGAAGAAGAGCUUGCAGGCUAUGGAGAUGUUGAAGUCGAUCAUCCCGACCAUGCUCAAGACGCCCGAGUGCCCGCUAUCGCAGAAGUCGGCCGGGGGUGCUGGUCACUCUGAGCCAAACCCCAAGUCGCCCGCCCAACAGACUCGCACGUCGGUUGAGGAAGGAUUCUGGUUUCCGGUGCUCUUCGCAUUCCACGACGUACUGAUGACCGGGGAGGAUCUUGAGGUGCGGUCGAACGCCCUCAACUACUUCUUCGAAACCUUGUUGCGAUACGGCGGUGACUUCCCUUCGGAAUUUUGGGAUAUUCUCUGGAGACAGCAGCUCUACCCCAUCUUCAUGGUUCUUCGAUCGCGACCUGAGAUGACCAAUGCACUGAACCACGAGGAGCUGUCUGUAUGGCUCUCCACGACCAUGAUCCAGGCGCUCCGCAACAUGAUAACCCUCUUUACCCACUAUUUCGAGGCUCUCGAGUACAUGUUGGACAGAUUCCUCGAGCUGCUCGCGCUCUGCAUCUGCCAAGAAAACGACACUAUUGCUCGGAUAGGGAGUAACUGUCUGCAGCAGCUCAUCCUCCAGAACGUGACCAAGUUUACCCCUGAACACUGGGCCAAGAUUGUCGGUGCCUUUUGCGAACUGUUUGAGCGGACGACGGCGUACCAGCUCUUUUCAGCGACGACCAUCAACUCGACUGCGUCACUUUCGCCGCCGCCGAGUGGACUUGAGCUUGGUGUCGCGCUCAGCCCGACCUCGGAGACUGGACCGGUCGAUGAGAAGUCGCUCAAGAUCAACGGCGCCGAAACGAACGGGCACUCACCCCCACUCGAGUCAACCGAAGUCGACCCAGACAGCAUCACAGGCCCUGCGACAGCUAACCCGGCCGCCAUGUCCGCGACGCCGCAACCCCAGACGCCGUCCCAGCAACUCGAAGAGUUCAAGCCAACCACUUCACUCCAACAACAGCCCGUCGUGGUCACCGCCGCCCGGCGCCGCUUCUUCAACCGUAUCAUUUCGCGCUGCGUGCUGCAGCUCCUCAUGAUCGAGACAGUCAACGAGCUCUUCAGCAACGACGCCGUGUACGCGCAGAUCCCAUCGCCCGAACUCCUCCGGCUGAUGGCGCUGCUCAAAAAAUCCUUCCUCUUCGCCAAGCGCUUCAACGCCGACAAGGACCUGCGCAUGCGCCUCUGGCGCGAGGGGUUUAUGAAGCAGCCGCCCAACCUGCUCAAGCAGGAGUCGGGCAGCGCCGCCACCUACGUCUCCAUCCUCUUUCGCAUGUUUGGCGACACCGCCCCCGAGCGCCAGGGCUCCAAGGCCGACGUCGAGAGCGCGCUGGUCCCGCUGUGCCAGGACAUUAUUCGCGGGUAUAUCGGGCUGGACGAGGAGAGCCAGCACAGGAAUAUUGUUGCCUGGCGGCCGGUGGUGGUGGAUGUCCUUGAGGGCUACGCGGCGUUCCCUCGCGAGGCGUUUGUUGCGCAUAUCAAGAGCUUCUAUCCGUUGGUGGUGGAGCUGCUCGGGAAGGAUCUUGGGCAGGAACUCCGGGCGGCGUUGUUGCUGGUGCUGAGGCGGGUUGGGGAGGUCGGGCUGGGGAUUGAGGGCAUGGUUGGGGGCGCCACGGCGGUGAGUGGGAAUGGCGCGGACGGGAGGAGGAAUAGCGUCUUGUCGGUUCCGUCGGUUCGCCCAUCGCCGAGCAUGGAUAGCUUGAGUGAUGAUCCGUCGAGGCAGUUUAUGGGUAGGGCAUGA